GAGAUAAUGUCCACAUCAUCCUAAACCGAUCCGUCCAAAUUCUUCACGCAGCGACAGUCAUCUCACUCCCACGCGCCAAAUCGUUAUAAAGACCCUAGCAACAACUACAAAAGAAGACCCCACCGCAGCAAGAGCCAUAGCAAAAACAAAUCUACACCAGGGAUUGCCGACCAAUCCACAUAGAAUAUCUGUAAGCCCGGUCGAUCUGAGGAUGAACAUGAACUAUACACUCAAGAAGUCACAAACCCACUGCGUCGUCCUGGCCGCCCAUUCGGCAGAGCCCAAAGUCGCCGCUUCACAGCCCCGCGCAGCAAUGGCCACUGUAUCCAUGACGAGCGAGCUGGAGCCGUACCUGGCUUCCCUUCGAUCGUACCUAGCCCAGAGCAGACCUCCACACGGAGCCGAUGCAGAGCCCGAAGACAGUGCAGGUAAUACUACCCAUCCUCGUGAACGGCAAGAUCUGCGACGGGAGCAGACGAGUUCGGAAUGGGUAAGAGACAACAGGCGUCCUGGUCCGAGGCAAUCAGUCCUGGGGGAUCCACCGCGUCAGGCCUGCUGAAGACUUGCCUAUUUGCCCUCAAACCUCAUCCCAAAAACACUGUAUAUAUGAGCCGGAA